UCUUUAACCUUACCAAGAGGAAUCAAAGGGUUCUCCAAACAAUCAUUUCCCAACCUCCCUUUGUACGCUUCAGUGGAGAGAUGAGAGUCGACUGGGAAAAAACUGAACAAUAACUUGCCUUGCCAUUGCAACCAUGGGUCGGAAAUUUUGGAUAGCUGCAAUUCUGGUUCCUCUUCUUUGUUACUUUCUUUUGAAAUACCAAGAUGCUGAUUUUAUAUUGACGGUGUGCGAGUUCAUCGGCCAAGAUCCUGCCACUGCACUGCGAGGGAAAGUUGUAUGGAUCACAGGUGCUUCCAGCGGGAUUGGUGAAUAUUUAGCCUAUGAAUUGGCCAAAUAUGGCUGUAAACUAGUGCUGUCUGCACGGAGGAAGGUAGAGUUAGAGAGAGUCAAGGAAAACUGUGCAGCAAUUGCCACUGGUGAUGACUCUUCAUUUAACAAAGAUCAAGAUAUUCUUGUUCUUCCAUUGGAUUUGAUGAAAUUUGACACUCAUGGCAACUUGACUCAAGAUGUCCUUAAGCAUUUUGGAAAGGUUGAUAUUUUGGUGAACAAUGGAGCUCGUGGCCAGGAAUCUUGGAUGAGAAGCACUCCAUUAGAAGUGGACAGAGCUGUAUUUGAUUCGAAUGUUAUUGGAACCAUCUCUAUGACCAAAGCAAUCCUGCCUCAUAUGACUGAACGCAAAGAAGGACAGAUUGUAGUUGUCAGCAGUAUCUUGGGAAAGUUUGCAUUUCCUCACUCAGCUGUUUAUUGUUCCACCAAACAUGCACUGCAAGGAUAUUUUGAUGGCGUACGGUUUGAGCUCGCUCGAAGUAACAUCCACGUGCAGACGGUUCUGCCUGGGCCGGUAAAGUCGCAAAUCAUGGAGAAAGCUUUCACCAAGGACAUCAAUGUCGAGUACAAAGACUCAUCAGAGUUUAAGGAGAUGGACUUCCCAACAAUGCCGACUGAACGCUGUGCGAAACUUAUGGCUAUCGGGAUGGCGAACAACUUGGAUGAAGUAUGGAUUUCAGAAAACCCAGCGCUAAUGAUGACUUACACGAGAGAGUAUUUUCCAAUCCUCUUUAGGUGGAUCUCAAAGGCUUUUAUGAAUGAAAUGAUAACUUCCAUGGAGGCAGGGACAUCAUCAUAAGGGAUACAGCGACGAGCCCAGCAGAUGUCCCCCCCCCCCAUUCCCCCGAGAAAAUAUGUGCAGUUUGUACUGUGAGACGCGCCUGUCAAAAAAAAAAAAAAAAAAGGAGUGGAUUUCAAUGUUCAAAAAUUCCAAGACCUUAGUUUCCAGCAAUUUUUUUUUUAUAUCAAAGUAGUAGGCUACAUCAUGAUUUUUUCAGAGGUUGCCUACUGUUUUACUUGAGCUGAUAUAUUACGGACACUAUGAACGGUACCUAGAAUACGGACAACAUUCACAAAUUGUUGGUAUAAAGCCACUUUCUCCACGAGAAAUUGACAAGACAAAGAAAUUUCAACAGCAGUCAGAAAUGGUAGAAAAUCGUAAGGGUUACAUGGUG